AUAGCUUCUUUUUCCGACUCAUCCACCUCCAUCCACCGCAAAUAUGGAUCAGGCCAAGUUGGCGCGCAUGCAGGCGUCGGUACGCAUUGGUACGCAAGGGUACUCCACGACGAAAGGUCAAGAAGGUCCACAAGAGCUCCGGCACCGACGACAAGAAGCUACAGACCGCGCUCAAGAAGCUCAAUGUCCAGCCUAUCCAGGCUAUCGAGGAGGUCAACAUGUUCAAGAGCGACGGCAACGUCAUCCACUUCUCCGCACCAAAGGUCCACGCCUCGGUACCUUCAAACACCUUCGCCAUCUACGGCAACGGUGAGGACAAGGAGCUCACCGAGCUCGUCCCCGGUAUCCUCAACCAGCUCGGCCCAGACUCGCUCGCGUCGCUGCGCAAACUCGCCGAGAGCUACCAGAGCAUGCAAAAGGAGAAGGGUGAGGACGGUGACAAGAAGGACGACGACGAUGAGGAUGAUGAUGACAUCCCCGAGCUCGUCGCCGGCGACAACUUCGAGUCGAAGACUGAGGUCGAGUAAAUGCUCGAUCUGCAAGCGUUCGAGGCGACAGCACGUGUAGGCCUACCACUGGCACAGUGAUGGUCAAGUGGAAUAUAGUCUGAUGUGGAGGAUCUCCGCGCUUUAUGCGACGAAUGACCUAUUCCCGAUUGACGGUUGCGACGGAUCUUACGUGCGGAUACCGGGUAGGCGUCAGGGCUACAAAAGAAACGAAAUAAGAAUUUUCCAAGCAUGC